AUGAAAUUCGCAGUUCUAUUGUUGAUAUUGUCAACCCUAGGCAUUUUUGCAAAAGAUGUCACAAAAAUUCAUGAUUGGAUCUAAAAGAACAUCCAAUCUCUAGAGAAGUAUAUUUAAGAGACCGAUAUGUCAAGCGAUAUGUUAUUGGGCAUCUAAAGGAAUGAUUAAGUCAAAAAGUAAGUCUCAAUCUUAAGAUUAGUUAUUAAAAUUGGAUAUUUUCUACAAACCAUAAAUAACAUAUAGAAUUAACCGAUGGACAAGUUAAGAAAACAAAUGCAUUCGGUCCUGAAUCUGAAUAUUUUACAGAAACAACUCAAAAUUUGGUUUUUUUAGGAACUCAAAUAAAGGAUAAGGAAUGGAUUAAAAUCUAAAUGAAGAAAGGUAAUGAUGAUGCUUAAAGAAUUGAUAUGUUCAAUUAAGAGAAUUAUUAAGGCGUCAGUUUGAUAAAUUCAAAUAAUGAAGGAACUUUGAAUAGAUUAUUAAUAGUUGAAAAAAAGAAUGAAAUUAUUUCAUCCUAUGAAGAGCAUGGAAAGUCCAUAAUAUUAUUAUCUAAUUUGUCUGAAGGCUAAUCCCUUUUUUAUGUUCUUUAUAGUUAAAAUUCAGAAGUGAGCGACAUUGAAAAGUUAUUUAAUUACAUUGUCAAAAAUGUGAUUGAUAUUGAAAAGGAAACAGAUAUUAAAGUAGAUGAAUAACCAGUUGUUUAGGAUGAUGGGGAAGAAGAAUUAGAUCCAAAUGAUCUUGAAAGGUUGAAAAAAAAUAAAGGAGAAGGUGAAGGUGAAGGAGAAGGUGAAGAAAAAGCUGAAGGAGAUGAUAAAAAAGGUGAAGAAUAAGUGGAAGAAGAACAAGAUUAAGAAGUACCAGAAGAAGAUUGUCCUGGAGGUGAGGAAGAUGAUACCGUAAAAAAUAAAGUAGAUGUUGAUCCAACAUCAUAAUUACCACCUCAAGAGGAUCCUAAGAAUGUCAAAAUCUAAACAAAUAAUGUCGAUUCAGAAGAAACUGUUGAAGUAGUUGAAGAAACUGAAGAAGAGGAAGAAAUCAUAGUCCCAGAAAAAGCUCUAAAAGUUGGAGGAAAAUCAAGCCUUCCUCCUAAAAAAAAUCAAGAAGAAGAUGAAAGUAGCGAACCUGAACCUCCUUCUGAAGAAUAUCAAAAUUGUGCUGGAGAGGAAUUAGAUACAGUAAAAAACAAAAGAGAUUUAAAUGAAAAUUUAGAAUCCAAAUAAGACAGAGUAUUUUAGGCAAAAGAAGUGAGUAUUUAAGAAACAAUACAUGAAGAAGAAGGUGAAGGGGAUGGAAAUACUAAUGCAGAUGGAUAAAAGACUGAUGCAGAUGGAUAAAAGACUGAUGCUGAUGGAAAGACCGACGCCGAUGGAAAUACUGAUGCUGAUGGAUAAAAGACUGAUGCAGAUGGAAAGACCGAUGCAGAUGGAUAAAAGACUGAUGCUGAUGGCAAGACUGAUGCUGAUGGAAAUACUGAUGCUGAUGGAUAAAAGACUGAUGCUGAUGGAAAGACCGAUGCUGAUGGAUAAAAGACUGAUGCUGAUGGAUAAAAGACUGAUGCUGAUGGAAAUACUGAUGCAGAUGGAUAAAAGACUGAUGCUGAUGGAAAGACCGAUGCAGAUGGAUAAAAGACUGAUGCUGAUGGAAAAAAGACUGAUGCUGAUGGCAAGACUGAUGCUGAUGGAAAUACUGAUGCAGAUGGAUAAAAGACUGAUGCUGAUGGAAAGACCGAUGCAGAUGGAUAAAAGACUGAUGCUGAUGGAAAGACUGAUGCUGAUGGAAAGACCGACGCCGAUGGAAAUACUGAUGCUGAUGGAUAAAAGACUGAUGCUGAUGGAAAGACCGACGCCGAUGGAAAUACUGAUGCUGAUGGAUAAAAGACUGAUGCAGAUGGAAAGACCGAUGCAGAUGGAUAAAAGACUGAUGCUGAUGGAAAGACUGAUGCUGAUGGAAAUACUGAUGCUGAUGGAUAAAAGACUGAUGCUGAUGGAAAGACCGAUGCUGAUGGAUAAAAGACUGAUGCUGAUGGAUAAAAGACUGAUGCUGAUGGAAAGACUGAUGCUGAUGGAUAAAAGACUGAUGCUGAUGGAAAGACUGAUGCUGAUGGAUAAAAGACUGAUGCUGAUGGAUAAAAGACUGAUGCUGAUGGAAAGACUGAUGCAGAUGGAUAAAAGACUGAUGCUGAUGGAAAGACUGAUGCUGAUGGAUAGACCGACGCCGAUGGAAAUACUGAUGCUGAUGGAUAAAAGACUGAUGCUGAUGGAAAGACUGAUGCUGAUGGAAAGACCGACGCCGAUGGAAAUACUGAUGCUGAUGGAUAAAAGACUGAUGCUGAUGGAAAGACUGAUGCUGAUGGAAAGACCGACGCCGAUGGAAAUACUGAUGCUGAUGGAUAAAAGACUGAUGCUGAUGGAAAGACUGAUGCUGAUGGAAAGACCGACGCCGAUGGAAAUACUGAUGCUGAUGGAUAAAAGACUGAUGCUGAUGGAAAGACUGAUGCUGAUGGAAAGACCGACGCCGAUGGAAAUACUGAUGCUGAUGGAUAAAAGACUGAUGCUGAUGGAAAGACUGAUGCUGAUGGAAAGACCGACGCCGAUGGAAAUACUGAUGCUGAUGGAUAAAAGACUGAUGCUGAUGGAAAGACUGAUGCUGAUGGAAAGACCGACGCCGAUGGAAAUACUGAUGCUGAUGGAUAAAAGACUGAUGCUGAUGGAAAGACUGAUGCUGAUGGAAAGACCGACGCCGAUGGAAAUACUGAUGCUGAUGGAUAAAAGACUGAUGCUGAUGGAAAGACUGAUGCUGAUGGAAAGACCGACGCCGAUGGAAAUACUGAUGCUGAUGGAUAAAAGACUGAUGCUGAUGGAAAGACCGACGCCGAUGGAAAUACUGAUGCUGAUGGAUAAAAGACUGAUGCUGAUGGAAAGACUGAUGCCGAUGGAAAUACUGAUGCUGAUGGAUAAAAGACUGAUGCUGAUGGAAAGACUGAUGCUGAUGGAAAGACCGACGCCGAUGGAAAUACUGAUGCUGAUGGAUAAAAGACUGAUGCUGAUGGAAAGACUGAUGCUGAUGGAAAGACCGACGCCGAUGGAAAUACUGAUGCUGAUGGAUAAAAGACUGAUGCUGAUGGAAAGACCGACGCCGAUGGAAAUACUGAUGCUGAUGGAUAAAAGACUGAUGCAGAUGGAUAAAAGACUGAUGCUGAUGGAUAAAAGACUGAUGCAGAUGGAAAGACUGAUGCAGAUGGAUAAAAGACUGAUGCUGAUGGAAAGACUGAUGCUGAUGGAUAUAAGACUGAUGCUGAUGGAUAAAAUGAUGGAUAGAGAGAAGGAGUAGUAAAUAGUGAUACUUAAUAAUCAAAGAAAUCUGAAAAUGAAACAAAUAAAAACGAAGUUGAUGUAAUAAACAUAUAUAAUUUUUAGGAACCUUGUGUAAUUUUAUAUUCAGAAUGCCACUAUACUGGAGAUGAAUUGAAAUUAUGUGGUGCACAUCCUGUUAUUCCAAAUGAUAUGAAAAAUUUUAAAGUUAAAUCUAUCAAAGUUCCAGAAGGUGUUCAGGUAACAUUCUUUAAUAAGCCUAAUUUUGACGAUGAAAGAUUACAUGCAAAAACAGAAAUGGAAUGUUUAGAAACACCUUUAAGAUUGAAUUUACUAGAAUUGAUGAAUAAUCUAAGAAUGUCAAAGCAAGUUAAUAUAAACUCUAUAUCAGUUACCAAAUGA